GUUUUGAACCUUGGCAACCACUCAUUCCCAACUCUCUCUCUCUCAUUCAUCACUCUCUCUGGUUUUGAAUAUUUGCAGCCACUCAUUCCCAAAUCUCUCGUGCUUGUAAAUGUAGGCCUCUGAUUUUAUACCCGUACUCUAUCUUCUCUCCUCUGCCAUCUCCCAUUAGCAAUUCCAACUCUCUCUCUCUCUCUCUCUCGCUCUCACCUCUGUAGUUGGUUUAGCUAAACGGAGCUGAGCUCUGGAAGCAAUGCACUUGUCACUUUGCAACGCGCCCCUUCAAAUGCAUGGCCAUGGACCGCCCGUACACCAUGGAUGCAGAGAGGCUUUCUUCAGAGGCCUUCGUUCUCCUUUACAUCUCUCAAAGCAUAAUGUUGGUGAUUCCAUUCACUCACAGCCAAAUGAAGAUUGCAAUAAGAAAACUGAUGAGACGAGCGUUUGGUGUAAUAUUUUCACAAAGCGUAGGAUGGUAAUCGCGAGCAUGUUCGUAUAUUUUUGGCCUCAACCUUUAAGGUACUACUCAGCCCAUGCCCUCGGUGAUCCUUCCGUGACAAUUGAAGAAGUUACUCCACCCAUUCUUCCUUCUGGGAAAUUAUUCCCUUCUGAGGAAAGGAUCGUUAAGGUUUUUGAGAAGAAUACCUAUUCUGUUGUCAACAUUUUUGAUGUGACAUUGCGUCCUCAGCUGAAUAUAACAGGCAUUGUUGAGGUUCCCGAAGGAAAUGGAUCUGGAGUGGUAUGGGAUGGGCAAGGACAUAUUGUGACAAACUAUCAUGUUGUGAGUAAUGCUCUUUCAAGGAAUCCUAGUCUUGGUCAAGUAGUUGCUCGUGUUAACAUCUUAGCAUCUGAAGGGCUGCAAAAGGAUUAUGAGGGCAAGUUGGUUGGUGCAGACCGUGCUAAGGAUCUUGCUGUCUUGAAGGUGGAUGCCCCUACUGAUCUUUUGAAGCCAAUUAAUGUGGGGAAGUCAUCUGGUUUGAGAGUUGGGCAACAGUGUCUAGCCAUCGGAAAUCCAUUUGGUUUUGACCACACUUUGACAGUGGGGGUUAUUAGUGGAUUAAAUCGAGAAAUUUUAAGUCAAACUGGAGUUACAAUUGGUGGUGGUAUUCAGACUGACGCAGCCAUCAAUCCAGGAAACAGUGGUGGUCCCUUGCUAGAUUCCAGAGGAAACAUGGUUGGGAUCAACACAGCAAUAUUUACUCAGACAGGGACAUCAGCAGGCGUGGGUUUUGCUAUCCCUUCAUCAACAGUACUUAAAAUCAUUCCUCAAUUAAUCCAGUCUGGGAAAGUUGUUCGUGCUGGUUUCAACAUUGAAAUUGCUCCAGACCCAAUAGCUAAUCAAUUAAAUGUGCGAAACGGAGCCCUUGUUCUACAAGUUCUUGAGAACAGUGUUGCUGCUCGAGCAGGAUUGCUUCCUACAAAGAGAGGAUUUGCAGGCAACAUAAUUCUCGGGGACAUCAUCAUAAGCAUUGACAACCGACCGAUUAAAAGCAAAGCUGAGUUGUCCAAGGUCUUGGAUGAUUACAGUGUUGGGGACACGGUGAUGGUAAAGAUUAAGAGGAUGAAUGAAGAAAUAGUGCUGCCUCUAGUUUUGGAGGAGAGUGUUUCUUGACAAAUUGCAAAAACUCUCUCUCUCUCUCACACACACACACAUUUUAGUGCUGCUUCUAGUUUUGGAGGAGAGUGCUUCUUGACAAAUUAUGAGAACUCUCUCUCUCUCUCUCACACACACAUAUAUAUGGACUCUUGGGCAUGGCCUAAUUUACCCGAUCUGGUUGUGGUACUCAGUCUGUAUCCCUUGUUCUGGUUGAAGGGGCUGUACUUUGUUAACUGAGUCUCUGAAAUUUUGCUAAAAAUGAUUAAAAUUUCAGAAAGUGAUAGUUAUAUUAAUGAUUAACUGCUUAUUGAUUUUGAGGA